UUCCUCAAUCAUUUCCCCGUCUCGAGGCCAAGGAGAGGUCUCCCCUGUAAUCCACGUCUCCCACAGACUGAUCCAAAUCUCGCAGGGCCUUCGGAUGCUUCUUUAGGCGAACUGAAGGGACAGGCCAAGGGACGUCAGGCGCUACUUCAAUGCAGCUGGGCCAGGCAUUCCCAGUGGACCCUGGACGGCCGGUGCAUUAGCGAGGGUUCCGAGUCAAAUCUAGACUGAGCGAUUCGUCCCUAUAGCAGGUUGAUCCCGCGCCGUUCCGAGUCAUUUUCGCUUCCCGAUGCUGGCUGUGCCUCGCAGAAGUGAAAACCAGCAGAUGUCAGCUGGCUGUUUGAGCUGGGAAAAAGUCACCCUCGACCUUCUGCACCUUCGAGAAUAGGCUUCGGGCCUACCCCAAAUGAAGCACUGGCGAUGAGUCAAAUAUGUCAGGUUCUGCUUACCCAGCUGGCUAUAUCCACAGCCGCCAUCGCUCAGAGAAUCAUCGUUGCAGACUUCAUGACUGGGAUCGCGGGGGAACAAUUGGACCUGCCCUGCCUUUUUAUCUACAAUGAGACCAGCCUCAGGGUCGUCCAGGCCACUUGGCUGAAACGUGGAGAGGGAACGGAUGAGAACAUCGCUGUGUACAACCCGCUGUUCGGGAUGAGUUACCCCACCAGGUCCGGGAGGAUUCGCUUCCACAACGCCACGUCCGGCAACUGCACCCUGACCGUCCACCCCCUGAAACUGGAGGACCAGGGCGUAUACAGUUGCGAAGUCAAUGUUUUCCCAUCGGGCAAGUUCGAAUCCAGGACAGAGCUGAAGGUUCUAGUCAGGCCCAUCGGUCACGCCAUUGCCAUGCCAACGGAGAUCGGGCGGUCUGAGGCACCGGUCGCCAAUUGUACAGCAGCCAAUGGGAAACCUGCAGCCGACGUCACGUGGAUUGCCAAACUCCAGGGGAGGGUGACGUCAACUCAGAGGGAAAAUCCAAACGGGACAGUGACUGUCUUCAGUCAGUACCGAAUAAUACCCAGCAGAAAGGCCAAUGGACAGAACGUGACAUGUGUGGUGUCCCAUGAUGCAUUAACGGCUCCGCUGAGCUUACCAGUGACGUUAUCAGUCCUCUACCCUCCGGACGUGAGAAUUAUCGGGUACGAUGGCAACUGGCAAAUAAACCAACACAACGUCAGCCUCAGUUGCCUUGCUGAUGCAAACCCACCAGCAACAAGUUACCACUGGACAAUGAGCUCAGGGGUUGUACCUGAACGUGCCCGUAUAGCGGGGGAUCAGCUGAUCAUUGACCAAGUGGAUUAUUCUGUCAACGGAACAUGGAUUUGCGAAGCGACAAACGAACUUGGCAAGGGGAGAGGAGAAAUUGUAAUUGUGGUGAGAGAACCAGACUCGCUGCGUGCAGGCAAGCUUUAUGGAUCCACCAUCGUGUUCAUUGUCACAGGGACCAUCAUAGGGACCUUGAUCAUAAUUGUCUCCCUCGCCAUUGUGAUUGCGAAGAAACAGAAGACAAUUGAGGACGGCAAGUCCGAUGCCCGGCCUAUUACCCGAAAGCGCAGCCACAUCACAGUGUUUGCAACGCUCAACCUGAACGUGCUCGAUGGUGCAAGUUCUUCAAAGACUGAAGUGAACGAAACCGGGGCAACAGUAAAUGCAGAUGUUAACGUUAAUUAGAGAGAGUCUUCCUUUGUGGAUCGGACGUUAAAUGUGGGUCUGAUCAUUACUGUAACUGCUCGGUAACAGGGUCCAAUUAAAAUCUGAAAACACGCUCACAAUGACUCCAAACAUUCUGGAACUGGGUUCUUAUGUUACUGUAGUAGACAUUAAACACUGUGUGUAAGCA